AAUUGAUUCAUUUUGAAAGAUCCGACUCAAACGAAUGUUUCGCGCACGCUUCGCUUCGCUACAGUUCUUAUUUCGCACGUUUCUGUCAAAAAUAUGAACCUGGAGAGAAUACCGAGUGAGUUGUGUAUAAGAAUGAAGUUAAAAUGUUAGGAAAUACGUAAGCAGUUAACAUUUUGUCUUUUAUCAAAGGAGACGAUGUCCAAGAUCCAACUAACGUUACCGGAAGAAGUGUGGAUCCAUGUGUUUGGAUUUCUCUCUGAUCGCGACAAAUUGAAUGUUCGUUUAAGCUGCACGUACUUCAAGAGACUGAUCGACCACUGGUCCUUAUGGACAGACAGUGUUAUCGUCCUCCAAAAGCUCUACGACUCACAUUUCUGGAAAACUCUUUGUCAGAGGAAAAUCAAGUCUGUUGUUGUUCAAAAGGCAACGGCGAAAGUCUUGCAGCAGACUGUGACGUGUCUGCCGUGGAUCGGUUCAGUGACUCUGGUUCAGUGCAGCGAUGGCACAGCUCUGGUGACUCUGAGGGCUUUAAAACACCUCCAGAGGCUUGUCAUCCGUCAGUGCUGCUGUCGGAGUCUGACCAGCUCACUUUUAUCUCUGAGACAACUGACUCAUCUCUGCUUGUGUGAGGUCAAGAGAGCCUCGAUAUCGGAGAUAAGUGCUGCGAUCUCGCAACUUGUCAAUCUUACCACACUGAAGUACCACGAAGAUAAAAAUCCUAUCCAUAAAAGUGCCCUUCAUGGCAUGUUGGGGCGUCUGCCCAACUUAAAACACCUUUCCUUAAGAUUUGGGCCCAAGUAUGGGAUUCUGCCUGAUGAUUAUUUUUGUCCAGCUAAAGCAUAUGGACAUUCAGGAGUGACUCGGGAUGCAGGGUUUGGCCUGAGCAGCCUGGAGCUGCUGAACUAUGAAGACCCCUGCCUCUCCUCCGUUGCCUUUAACGCUCUGUCCUCCCUCACCAAACUGACAGUGCAUUACAGAAAAUGGCAUGCAAAUCCAGACUUCUGCUGCCUCACAAAAUGGCUUCAAGGCCUCAGUGUACUUUCAGAGCUCAACAUUUCUUUAGGAUACUCUCUCCGAGUCUACGCUGAAAGGAUUCCCAGGACGGUGCAGCGGCUGUCUCUCAUGGGAGUGAAGGCAGAGCUGGAGUCUGUUAGGAUCAUGGGACAACAGGUGCCAGAUCUCCUUCAGCUCCAUUUGGACUUGUGUUGUCAUGACAUCUCUGAUGUAAUCACAGAAAUGCCCCAGAUUUUCCCAAAGCUGCAAAUCCUGAAAGUGAGACACCAUAAUGUUCCAGAAGCAGUGUUUCUUCAACUUCAGCAUCUGCCUCGACUCAAGCAGUUAGUGAUUUUGGAUGCACCCAAAAGCCCCAGUCCUACAGUCCUCAAUCUGACUCAAAACCUUCACGUCCAGACAAACAACAGAGUCCAUGUGCUUCAUUUCAAUUCAAAGGACAAAACCACGUGUUCGUGCGGUUUUUAUUGAUAAUCUUCAUCGUUUAACUCAUGUUUAUAUUUGACUACAGUUGAAAACAGAUUAUCAUGCCAUACACACAGGGGUCUUUUUGACAUGGAGCAAUAUUUCAUGCCAUCAGAAUUUGCUUAACUCUUUAUAAAGUGAUGUAUAGUUAAAAUGGUAUGUUCACUCAUGGUGUCUUUGUAAAUAUAUUUUCCAAUAAAUUAAUCAAAUUAAAAA